AUGGCCUACACGCGCUGCCCCCUUCGGUUACACAUCGUCCCAGGUGGGCCACCCGGCUUGGCGUGGGACUCCCUGCCCCCACCUACCGACUUGGCGACAGCCGCCCUGGCUCGGACACCCAGCUUGACGUCACCGGCCUGCACUCACGUCCACAAGUACGCAGCCCAGCACACCGCGGACAGCACGGUCCACGUCGCCGCCCACGACGAUUUCCUGCCGCCCGCCAGCGCGGUUACCAAGCAACCUGGAGUGGGGCCGGCAGAUUUGUCGCUUGCAAAGACAUCCACUAUGCGAUUGGCCGGCGGUGGCUGGAAUGACAGAGCAUAG